AUGACUUCUACAAAACCGCACACCCUCAGAUGGGGGAUUAUGGCGACCGGUCACAUCGCGAGAAGUAACCUUCCGUCCCCCUUCCGUCCCAUCUACACUCAGUGCUCAUACAACACAGAUUUUGUCCGCGAUCUUGUUACUGAUCCGUCAAUUCGGGAUGCGGAUGAUGUUCGCCACAGCAUUACUGCUGUCGCCUCGUCCACCUCGACCCAGAAGGCUGUAGACUUCUGCACGGAGGUUCAGAUUCCGGAAAAAGGGAAAGUGAGGACCUAUGGUUCCUACCGCGAGCUGGUGGUGGACCCCGACGUGGAUAUCAUAUAUGUGGCUACGCCUUUGAGCCAUCACUUCCAAAACGCCAUGCUAGCUCUGGAAGCCGGGAAGCACGUCCUUUGCGAGAAGUCGUUUACCAUCACGUCUGCCCAGGCGAAGAAACUUGUUGAAAUUGCCAGACAGCGAAGGCUGUUCCUAAUGGAAGCAUUGUGGACCCGUUUCUUUCCCUUGAGUAUCAAGAUUCGUGAGCUGGUGUCUACGGGAACUAUUGGGACGGUCUAUCGUGUCAUUGCGGACAACUCCAUCAACAGAAGCUUGCUUGACGGGAAGCUGGAUUUUGAUGAUUCCAAUCGCAUGGUAAACCCCCAGCUAGCUGGCGGGGCUAUGUUAGAUCUGGGCGUAUACUCGCUUUCAUGGAUCAUGCAGAUUCUCUACCACCUUCAACCUGAGAACGAAAAGGAGUCCCCUGCCGUGAUGGCUGCCAUGAACAAGUACCAUACAGGUACUGAUGAGACAACGAGCUUCAUCGUCCAGUUCCCAAGGCACAACACCAUGGGCAUAGGUAUGACCACGCUCCGACUCGGGUCAGGGGUAGACUACGACUUCACGGGUGGCCCUGCGAUCAAGAUGCAGGGAUCUGAUGGCGAACUACAAGUUUGUGGGCCGGCUUUCCGCCCACACAGCUACAAAAUCAUCAGGAAAGGCGGAGGGGGCGAAGUCGAAACUGUCGAGUUUCCAUUCCCCCAAGAUAGUGCUAGAGGUGGCUGGGGGCGCGGUCUGUACUGGGAGGCAGAUGAAUGUGCCAGGUGCCUGCGGGAUGGAAGGUUGGAGAGUGACGUGUUGCCCCUGGAUGAGACCAUCGUGUCCAUGGAAGUGAUGGAAGAGGUGCUUAGACAGGGCGGGAUCAGCUUCCCGAGCCUGAUUACAAGCGACUCCUUUGAUCCUCAAAGUCCGCUCAACAACGGGCGCUAG